AUGGCCACGAUAAAACCUAUUGAGGGUCGCUCGGUACAGUCCAUCUCUGCCCAUGGUAAAUACGUCCAUCAAAUCCAGUCCGGGCAAGUCAUUGUAGACCUUUGCUCGGUGGUCAAAGAACUGGUGGAAAAUAGCUUGGACGCUGAGGCUACUUCGAUCGAGAUUCGUUUUAAGAAUGAUGGGCUGGAUUCGAUCGAGGUGCAAGAUAAUGGGAGUGGUAUAGAUCCUCGGAAUUAUGAAAGCAUAGCUCUCAAACAUUAUACGUCGAAACUUACCUCCUACGAUGACCUGACAUCCUUGACGACUUUCGGAUUCCGCGGCGAAGCGCUCUCUUCGUUAUGUGCGGUUUCCAAUUUCCGUAUAAUCACCGCACAGGCGCACCAAGCACCAAAGGCGAAUAAAUUGGAGUUUGAACACUCAGGGAAACUCAAGGGAACACAGGUAGUUGCGGGACAGAAGGGGACGACGGUAUCCAUUUCGAAUUUAUUUUCCAGGCUUCCUGUGCGUCGAAAAGAGUUGGAGAAGAACAUCAAGCGCGAACUGGCCAAGGUCGUCAAUCUACUAAACGAAUAUGCUUGUAUUAGCAUCGGCGUGCGGUUCAGCGUUAAGAAUACGGAUUCUAAGAAGAGACAACUCGUGCUGUUGACAACCAAAGCGAAUUCAUCGAUAAGGGACAACAUUGCAAAUGUCUAUGGAGCUAAAACACUGUUGACAUUGAUUCCUCUUGAAUUAGAGCUCGAAUUUGAACCAUCUGCAACUGGGAAGAGACUCAACAGGGAUCUAAAUAAGAUCCAUGUUCGGGGUUAUGUCUCACGUCCUGUGGUGGGAGAAGGAAGGGGAACACGCGACCGCCAAAUGUACUAUGUCAACUCACGGCCAUGUGGUAUUCCGCAAAUCGCCAAAGCCUUUAAUGAAGUAUACAAGACCUACAACAUCUCUCAGGCGCCAUUUGUCCUGGCCGAUUUUCAGAUGGAUACGAAUGCCUACGACGUGAAUGUUUCACCGGACAAGCGCACUAUUCUUUUGCAUGAAUCCGCUGCGCUCAUUGAAUCGUUGAAAGAGGCCUUGGAUCAACUAUUCCAGGAAGCAGAGCAAACCGUCCCACAAUCCCGGUUCACUAGUAACAAGCAACAAACCGAUAUUCAGCAACGGUUCCAAUCAUCGCCCAUGGGGGGCAUCACCGAUAGGUCUAGGAUUACACAAGCUACUCCUGUUGAAGAAAGCCAGAUUGAUAUGUCCGAACAAGUCCAAGUAACUCCUCAACAUACCCAGGAAGAUCAAGCCGAGGAAGAACCAGAGAUUGAAACUGUGACACAGGAGGUUACCGACCGUCAGAUCAUGGUGGUCGAUACCCACGCAGGCACUGAAGAAUUGGAUGGUCCUGAAGAUGCCGAUGAAGCGGUCAAAAGAAUCAGGGCACGAGCUGCUGAAAUGUCCCCGCAGCGGAAUGAACGACGAAUCCCAACACUGCAGAGCAAGUCUCCGGCGAAAUAUGCAGGUGUGGUUCAGAAUGCCUUCGAUCGGAUGCGCCCGAGACGACCACCAGCUGAAGUCGCCACAAUCACUAUAGGUGACAAAGUUACAACCUCAAUCGUCGGUCAUGGUGUUUUACGGAAGAGAGACUCGUUCUCUGCGGUCAAUACGGAACGCACGCGGAAAUCAAAACGAAGAGUCCAUACCCCAUCUAGACCAAACAUAUUCAGCCAAAACCUCAAAUCAUUUAUAGCUCCAGGUUCCCAGACUCAAACUCAAGAGUCGGACGUUGAAGAUGAUGGUGCCGAGGAUGAUAUUGAUGAGGUCGACGGGAACAGUGACGAGGAGAUAUUAGAGGGUUCGCAGCCCUCAGUUCAAUCCGAGGAAUUACCUGAUGACUCGGAUCCAGUCAAUGAAAUUGUCGAGAGUUUACCAGCCUCUAAUGAGCCUGAUAGAGAUGUUAUAGAUGAAAAGGAGAAGAAAGCUCGAGAAGACGCCAAGGUGCAAGAUCUUAUUCGAAAAGCGGAGGAAAGAGCGGCAACCCACAGCGAGAAUCACAGCAAACGUGGGAAGUGCAUUGAGAAAGGACAACAGACCAAUAAACAUUCAACAGCCCAACUCGUUGGAACUCUUGAAAGCUCUCUGACCAAGAUCCAAACUCAAAUGGAGGCCCUCCAGAAGCAGUUGCAGUCAUACGAAGGAUUUGAUGCCACAAAAGAGGAAGAAGAAUUAUUUGGCAAGCAACAGAAGACCGGCGAGGAACGUCUAUCAUUGACCGUGUCGAAAGACGACUUUGCCAAAAUGCGGAUUGUAGGACAGUUUAAUCUGGGGUUUAUACUUGCGACCCGAUCACAUGGAGUGGAUGAGCCAACGGCUCCUACACAAGACGAACUAUUCAUCAUCGAUCAACAUGCCUCGGAUGAAAAGUACAACUUUGAGCGACUUCAGGCCGAAACUGUUGUACAAAACCAGCGUCUCGUACACCCAAAGACCCUAGACUUGACGGCCGUCGAGGAAGAAAUAAUUAGAGAGAACAAGGCAGCUCUCGAGAAGAACGGAUUCGUCAUCGAAGUGGACGACACUGGUGACGAACCUAUCGGCCGAAGAUGCAAGCUCAUAUCACUUCCGCUAAGCAAGGAGGUCGUCUUUGAUGUUCGCGAUCUCGAAGAGCUCAUUGUACUACUUUCCGAAGCUCCAACCGCGAGAAAUUCUUUGACGUCGGAUACAUACGUACCUCGACCGAGUAAGGUACGAAAGAUGUUUGCAAUGCGUGCCUGUCGAUCAAGUAUUAUGAUUGGUAAGACAUUGACUGUCAAGCAAAUGGAGAAAGCAGUGCGGAAUAUGGGGACCAUUGACAAACCCUGGAACUGUCCUCAUGGCCGGCCAACAAUGCGACAUUUGAUGAGCUUGGGGUCUUGGGAUGAAUAUGAUGAAUACGGGUUGAGCAGUGAACGAAAUAUUGAGCAAGAAGAGUUGCACAAUCCUUGGCAACGAUUCUAUCAAGGGCAAAAUCAAGAGAAGGAGGAAGAAGAAGAGAGAUCUGAGGAGGGUGGACAUGAAGAUUGA